AUGCCGGGCCCCGAAGUCCCCCGAAUGCGCACAGCCCCCGAAGAGGCCUCGCGGGGAGCCUUCCGGGCCGAGAACAGCACGCCUGGCAUUUCUGAGGAACGGCAAGGAGGGGGGAGAGGCUCGAGUGGGGUGAGCAAGGAGUUGCGCAAGAGGUCGGUGAGGCGAGCGAGCUGCCCCGGGGGCCCACCCGACGGGGUGCUCCCGGUCCCCCCUCACCGUCCCGAGUACCCGCCGCUGUCUGUGCGCGCAGCACUGCGCAUGUCCCGGUGCGCGGCAUUCGGCCCCGGCAGCGGGAGGUCCCUUCAGGCCUCGCGCACCUGCGCGCCGGCUCUGCGCUGCGCGUGCGCACUGGCCCUGGUGUGCCUGGCGCUGCUGCUGCUGCGGCCCGGGGGAGCCCUGGGGGAGGAGCUGCAGCCGCAGCAGCCCCCCGGGCCCAGGGCGGCGGACUGGCUGUCCAACUUCGCCCACUUCAACAAGUACCUGGAGAAGCUCUUCAACAGCAGCUCUAAGUCUAAGGACACCAAGAAAUCUAAAAACGUUAAAAACCCCAAGAAAGCUGCCAACACCACAAGAACCCCACCAGCAAACACCACGAAACCCCUACCAGCGAAUGCUACGAAACCCCCCCGACAGACCACCGGGAAACCCCAACCUCCGCCCUCCUCCCAGGGCCCCAGGGGUGAAGAAAAGGUAGUCCUGCCUUUGCCUCCAGGACCCUCUCAGCCUGUCACUCCAGCAAUGAGCAGAGCAGAAAUGGCAGGAGCCCAUCGAGGGCCUGUCCCUGAGAAGCUGGAUGUGAGGAUGGCACUCUCCUAGUUCUUCAAAGAUGCUUCCGUGUCAUCAUGGAAAGCCUGCCUUCCA